AUGGGCACUAGAAGUCAGGGAAAGUCAGGGAAAUUCGAUUUUGGUCAGGGGAAAUUUGAAAAGUUCGUCAAAGCCCAGUGCGUGUGGCGCGACUGCUGUCCGUGCCACCGGAACGUGUUGGCCGUGUCGCCGCUGGUCUUCGUCAUCGUCACGCAGAUCACUCGGCAAGGCGCUCGGGUGUUGGGACUAGGCACUAGUCUGCAGGUGGACGGCAAUUGGCCGCACGUGGCCGUGCUCAAGGUGCUGCAGUGCGGCUCGGUGGUGGACGACAUCAUGGACGUGGUGCAGACGGCCGUCUUCUUCCUGGCGGCGCGCAACCUGGCCUCCGUGUUCGCCGGCCUGCGGGCGGGCGUGGACGAGCUGCUGGCGGCCGGGGAGGAGGGCGCCGAGGGCGGGGACGUCGCCCAGAAGAUCCGGCGCCUGCGUGACGCCCACAAGCAGAUCUGCAUCCUGGUGGCAGACUUGAGUGCGUGCUUUGGGCCGUCGCUGGUGGCGUCCCUCAUGCUGCACCUUUGGUCCUGCGUCUUCAGCUUCAGCAACAUCACCAGAGUCCUGCAUUCCGGCCUCCCGUGGACUGUUUUGGUUGGGGUCAUCAAUUUCCUCUCGACUGUCAGCCCCCCGAUGCUACUGAUGCAGGCAGCGUACCAGAUCGACCAACAGGGAAACUCUGCCCUUCCGAUUGUCCAUCAGCUCAUCAACCGUGACAGUGACAAGCCUGCAAUACGUCGCGAGCUGAGCCUGUUCGCAGACCAGCUCACCCAGGAUCGCGUGUGUGUCCGACUCCUUGGGGUGGUCAAGGUGGGCCAUAGCCUCGCCUUCAAGGCGCUCGGCAUCAUCACCACUUACAUCGUCAUCGUCAUGCAGUUCCAGGGAUCAAACAGCAGACACGCCCACAAUGGCACGGAGCCGCAUGACAGACUACUAGCUUACUACUAAGUCAAUGUUGUUGGUGGUUCACAAGACGCCUUAGCAUGAGCUGACAAAUAAAAAUUUAAGGAUGUGCUCUCAUAA